AGGAGACAAGACAAUCGGACACUGGUUGGUAGUAACCAAGCUGGUAAGCAGGGCUGCUCCAGACUCAGUUGGAUAAAAUUUCUUGUUUGGGUUGCCCGUGCAAGUGUCAGCAAUAUUCAUCUAGCUUCCACCACAAUAUGUCAUCACCUGCUAAACUUGCAUUGCUGAGUGUAUCUGACAAAAAUGGGCUGGUGGACCUGGCUCGGGGCCUGGCUGCUGCUGGUCUCAAACUGGUUGCUUCAGGAGGUACAGCUACAACACUGAAAGCUGCAGGACUGAGUGUGUCCGAGGUGGCAGAGGUGACAGGAGCGCCAGAAAUGCUAGGUGGGCGUGUAAAAACUCUGCACCCAACUAUCCAUGGUGGCAUUCUUGCCAGGGAGUCUCCAGCUGAUCUAGCUGACCUUGCAGCAAGGAACAUUAGCCUCAUACAGGUAGUGGUGUGUAACUUGUACCCAUUUGUGAAAACUGUGAGCAAGGAAGAUGUUACAGUGGAGGAGGCUGUGGAGAACAUAGACAUUGGGGGUGUUGCCCUCCUUAGAGCAGCUGCAAAGAACCAUUCCCGUGUGACAGUGAUCUGUGAUCCCCUAGACUAUGACAAAGUUCUUGAGGAGCUAAAAACUGGGGAUACAGCCCCUGCCACAAGGAAAGAAUUGGCACUGAAGGCUUUCACCCACACUGCCCAGUAUGAUGACCACAUCAGUGACUACUUCAGGAAGACUUACUCUGCAGGCGUUUCCCAAUUGCCUUUACGCUAUGGCAUGAAUCCUCACCAGAAGCCUGCUCAGGUCUUCACUCGGGCUUCUAAGCUUCCUUUAACUGUUGUGAAUGGAUCCCCUGGCUUCAUCAACCUAUGUGAUGCACUCAAUGCCUGGCAGUUGGUCCGUGAGCUCCGUACUGCUCUGAGUCUGCCUGCUGCUGCUUCAUUUAAACAUGUUUCUCCUGCUGGAGCUGCUGUGGCUGUUCCUCUAGAUGAGACAGAGAUGAAGGUGUGCAUGGUCGAGGAUCUAGGAACCCUGACACCCUUAGCCACUGCUUACGCUCGAGCCAGAGGCGCUGACCGUAUGUCAUCUUUUGGAGAUUUUGUUGCUUUAUCGGAUGAAUGUGAUGUAAUUACAGCAAAGAUUAUCUCCAGGGAGGUUUCUGAUGGUGUUGUGGCUCCUGGAUACAGUGAUGAAGCUUUAGAAGUCCUUAAGAAGAAGAAAGGUGGCAGCUAUUGUAUCUUGAAAAUGGAUGCUGAAUAUGAGGGAGAUCUUCAGGAACGGCGCACAAUCUUCGGCCUAACUCUGGAACAGAGGAGAAAUGAUGCACCAAUUACCCCUGAAAUCCUCAACAAUGUUGUGUCUAAAAAUAAGGAGUUGAGUAAAGAGGCCAUUUGUGAUCUCCUUGUGGCAACCAUUGCAGUAAAAUACACACAAUCAAACUCGGUCUGCUAUGCCAAGUCUGGACAGGUUGUGGGAAUUGGUGCAGGUCAACAGUCUCGAAUACAUUGCACUAGACUAGCAGGGGACAAAACUAAUAACUGGUGGUUACGUCACCAUCCUCGUGUCUUGAGUAUGAAGUUCAAGGAUGGAGUGAAAAGAGCAGAGAAAUCAAAUGCCAUUGACAACUUUGUCUCUGGUACUGUAGGCAAAGAUAUGCCAGAGUCUCAGUUUGCAGCAGCACUUGAAGAGGUUCCACCUCCACUUACACAGGAAGAGAGAGAAUUAUGGACAAAAAAAUUAAGUGGUGUUGCACUGUCUUCAGAUGCAUUUUUCCCAUUUAGGGAUAACGUUGACAGAGCAAAACUGAGUGGUGUAGACUUCAUCAUCAGUCCAGCAGGAUCUACCAACGACAGCAUUGUAGUGGAUGCUUGCAACGAACAUGACAUUGUUCUUGUGCAUUCAAACCUUCGCCUCUUUCAUCACUAGUGCUUUACACAAGCUGUUGCUAAAUUCAAUACCUGUUAAAACUGUUUUUUAUAUUUUGACUAUAUAGUUGUUUCUUGUAAGCUUUCGUGGGGCAAAUCUGAAGGCUAAUUUGUUUAAAUAAACUAUGAAAAUGC